AUGAAAAUCGAGAGAUGCAUCAAAAAGGUGGCCGAAGGGGUCGAGACGUUUGAAGACAUCUGGCAGAAGGUCCACAACGCCAGCAAUAGUAACCAGAAGGAGAAAUAUGAGGCCGACCUCAAGAAGGAGAUUAAGAAACUACAGAGGCUCAGGGAUCAGAUCAAGACAUGGGUGGCCUCGAGUGAAAUUAAAGACAAACGACAGCUCUUAGAGAAUAGGAAACUAAUUGAGACUCAAAUGGAAAGGUUUAAAGUGGUUGAGAGGGAGACGAAGACCAAAGCGUACUCUAAGGAGGGCUUAGGAGCCGCUCAGAAGUUAGAUCCGGCGCAGAAGGAGAGGGACGAGAUGAACAACUGGUUGUCGCAAUCUAAAGUGGUUGAGAGGGAGACGAAGACCAAAGCGUACUCUAAGGAGGGCUUAGGAGCCGCUCAGAAGUUAGAUCCGGCGCAGAAGGAGAGGGACGAGAUGAACAACUGGUUGUCUCAAUCCAUUGACUCGUUGAACAUACAGUUGGAUCAGUUCGAGUCGGAGUCGGAAUCGAUUCAUUUGGCGCAGAAGAAGAGCAAAAAGGAUCGCGAAAAACAGGACCGAUUGGACGAACUGAAGGCGUGGGUCGAGAAGCACAGGUAUCACAUCAAACAGUUGGAGACAUUGAUGCGAAUGCUGGACAACGAGACCGUCGAAGUGGAUCCCAUCAAGAAGAUUAAGGACGACGUCGAGUACUACAUCGACUCGUGUCAGGAGCCGGACUUCGAAGAGAACGAAUUCAUCUACGAAGACCUCGACUUAGAGGACAUGAAUCAGUUCCUGAUCUCAGAGCAGACGCGCGCCAAUCACACGGCGUCCUUCGAUUCGGGAACCACUAAGAACUCGAACGCCGACGACGACGGAAGCCUUUCGAUCCAAUCGAAUAGUCCCUCUUCGACGGCCAGUUCGCCGGCGCCGAGUCCUGGACUCACCAAUCAUUCCAAGACAUUGCUUGAGAAUAACAACGUGUUCGGAGCGCCGACACCACUGACCACCACCUCUUCCGCCUCCUCUCUAUUGAGUGCAACCAAUAAUAACGCGACGAACAGCUCGACGGCUGUGGCGGCGAUGAACAACACGUGUCAGACAUCGUCAUCGUCUUCAUCGCUGUCGGGCCAGUCGUCGGUAACGCAGACGCCGAUCGUGAAGCCACUGGCCGUCUGGUCUAACCCAUCCAUUAGUAGUUCCACGAGUUCUACGUCAUCGACCACUUCAUCCACCAGUAAAGCACCGGUACCUCAGGCGACGAUCACCAGCGCCGCCGUCGCCACCGCAUCCGUGACCACCACUACGACCGCCACCAGCGCUGCGAUGACUCCCAUCCGCAACAACAACAACAACAGCAGCAGUUCGUCGAGCAGUUCCUCGAGUCCGUCGAUAAACCCGUUGUCGAACCACAACAUCACCAAUCAGUACGCGCUGGCCGUCGGAGUCAACUCGGGCUCCGCCGCCGCCAACACUAAUCUAAUGAAUCGCAUGAAUCAAAUGCAACAGCAUUUGGACAACAGUGCGGUUAUGAGUCAAAUGAAGGGCUCGGAUGUGAGCGCCGACGCACUCAUGAGUCGGUAUAUGAAUAGUUCGCCGAAUUCUCUUCAGCAGACAUUAGUUUCGCCGAGCAUUUUGUCCGCCAGUCCUAUGGGUCUGAGCGGUGACUCACGCGGCGGCGGCCGUCACCACCACUACACUCACAUCGACCAUAUCUGCCGGUCCCUGGAAUACNUAUCGCUUCUGUACAGCGCGGCGGCGGCCGUCACCACCACUACACUCACAUCGACCAUAUCUGCCGGUCCCUGGAAUACGGGUGUUGUGUCCUCUCGACCGCAGCAGCAGUUCUCUCAACCGACGCCUAUUCUAAUGAACGGUCCAGUGAUUGGCCACAAGAAUGUGACACAACAACAACUGUCGACUCUCGAGUCGGAUCAGCAGCCGUUAUCUUCAUUGAAAUCUAUAGCACAACAGGCGGUCGAUCGGCUCGAAGACCAAAUCACCACAAAUAACGAUAACAACAGUCAUAGUCAUAGCCAUAGCGAACAGUCCUCACAAUCUCUUUACGAGCAUUCGGUUAACUCUUUAAUGAACAGCACUUCUCUCUUGAGUAACAAUUCGACCACUUCUUCGAUGUUCGGACUAUUGAGUGCCUCAUCGAAGGCAUUAGUGAACCAACAGUUACCGCAGUCCGUGUCCAUCGUAUCCUCGCAAGGCCUGCCCCUGUCAUCCAUUGGUUCGCAGCGCUCGUCAACGCCCGGCACCGGUAAUCAAACAAAUGAGGCGACAGUUCCCCCCUUAUUAGGUGUGGCGCCUUUAGGACCCGUGAGUCUAACCAAACAGUGCUACUAUCAGCUCCAUAUGCUUGAGGCCGCCUCCAGACAUCCAAUACAUCCCAUGGACUCUCAAAGGCUUAGGCCUUAUCUACCGCCGAAUCCAUGUCCGGUCCCGACUUAUUAUCCGCAACAAUGUCUGCCUCACAGCGAUUCCAUUGAAUUCUUCCACCGAUUGUCUACUGAAUCGUUGUUUUUUAUUUUCUACUUUAUGGAGGGAACGAAAGCACAAUAUUUGGCGGCUAAGGCGCUGAAGAAGCAGUCGUGGCGUUUCCACACCAAAUACAUGAUGUGGUUCCAGAGGCACGAAGAGCCCAAAACAAUCACUGAUGAAUACGAACAGGGAACAUACAUAUACUUUGAUUACGAAAAGUGGGGCCAAAGGAAAAAGGAAGGCUUUACCUUUGAGUACCGAUACUUAGAAGACCGCGAAUUGAAUUAA